AUGGAAAAUGAACGAAUUGUUGUGGAUUUAAAAAUUGAAAUCCAAGAAUUAGAAAGCAAGAUUAGAUUUUUAAAACAAAAACAACAGGAGCAAGAAAUUCAAUUAAAAAAUGAAACUAUUGAUGACGUUAAUGAUGAUCAAAGUUAUAUAGGCAAAAAUAAUAGCGAUGAUGAUGAUGACGAUGAAAGUAAUAAAGAAUUAAAAGAAUUGAUUAAUGAUUAUUCAAUUUAUAAUAAUACUAAAUAUUCAAAGGAUUUUAUGAAAGGUGAUAAAAAAUCAUCAUCUUCAUCAAAAAACAACCAUCAAAGUUUGAAUGAAUUAAAUCAAACUAAUAAUAUCAUAGAAAAUUUAACAGGUUAUAAAAUAUCAAAAACUAAAAGUAAUAUUGUAAAAGAUAAUGAUGAUUUUAGAUAUGGUGAUUUCGAGUAUGGUGGUUAUUGUAAUCAAAUUAAAUUUAAUAUAAACUUUACAGUUGGUAGAAAAAAAAAAAAUAUUGAAAAAGAAAAAAAAAAACAAAAAGAAAAAGAAUAUGAUGACGAAGAUGACGAUGAAAAAGAAAAAGAUGAUGAGGAAGAAGAUGAGGAAGAAGAUGAUGAAGAGGAAGAUGAUGAGGAUAAAGAAGAUAGAGUUGAUAAAAGAAUAGCACAACAACCUUUUAUUCAACAACUUUCAAUAAAUGUUGAAAUACCAUCAUUAGUUUUAUCAUCUUCACACUUUGGUCAAUUUAUAGAAUAUUGUAAAAGAACAAAAUCAUUAUCAGAUUUUUUAAAAAUAUUUCAAAGAAUUUCUAGUUUUUUUAAAAGGAGAAAUUCAUUUUUUAAAUUAUUAAUUAAUAAAAUUAAUAAUAAUAAUAAAAAUAAUAAUAAUUCAAUUAUUAGUUAUAAAGAAUCACAAAUAGAUGAUAAUGAUGAUGAUGGUAAUUAUUUCUCUAGUGUAAUAAUUUAUCAUGAACCAAAUAUUAAAAAACCAAAAAUUACAAUUAUUUGGGAAAUAGAAUAUGAUCAAAUGAAACAAUCAUUAUUAGAGGAUUUUCAUGUAAUUGGUGAUUCUACAAUUUAUAGUGAUGAUACAAUGAAGGAAAUUAAAGAAAAAUUAAAUCUUUUAUCAAUAUUUGAUCAAUAUCCAAUUUCAUCACUACCUUCACUUUUAAAUUUAAUAACAAGUCCAAAUAGUCAACAAAAAAAAAAGCAACAAGAACAACAACAAGAUGAGCAACAACAAGAAGAACAACAAGAAGAACAACAACAAGAACAACAACAACAACAAGAAGAAGAACAACAACAACAAGAAGAACAACAACAACAAGAAGAACAACAAGAAGAAGAACAACAAGAAGAAGAACAACAAGAACAACAAGAGGAACAACAACAAGGAGAACAACAAGAACAACAAGAAGAAGAACAACAAGAAGAAGAACAACAAGAAGAAGAACAACAAGAAGAAGAACAACAAGAACAACAAGAGGAACAACAAGAAGAAGAACAAGAAGAAGAAGAACAACAAGAACAACAAGAGGAACAACAACAACAACAACAACAACAACAACAACAACAACAACAACAACAACAACAACAACAACAACAACAACAACAUCAACAAGAAGAACAACAACAGGAGGAAAAAGUUCAAAUUCAAGAAAAAAAAAGAAAAAGAAUUAAAAGAUAA